AUGGCGGAUGUGUUGACGCAUUGAUGCCCUCUGUUGGAACGAGGGGGGCCGGACAGCUGAGAAUAGACAGAGCCUGUCCUGUCCUUGAGAUAUGACAGCCCCAGGCUUUUUCGUCUAUUUUCCCGGGACAGUCAAAGCCCUCAGCGCGUCUUUCUGACAACAUGUUGUUGAGGAGUGUUGUCAGAGCCUUGCUGCGGCCAGGCAUUACAAAGCCAUGCCGUCUGCUCAGACCGGUCACACAGAUCCCAGAGAGAUCCUUUGCACAUCAGGAGGGUCUGCCCAAGUUACCCGUCCCACCCUUGAGACAAACAUGUGAGCGCUACCUGGCUGCUCUGGAGCCCAUCGUCAGCAAGGAAGAACUUGAACACACCAAGAAACUGGUUCAGGAGUUCCUCAAUGGUGGAGUGGGAGACCGGCUCCAGAAAGGACUGGAGAGACGGGCACGGAAAACAGAUAACUGGCUGACAGAAUGGUGGCUGCAAUCUGCGUAUCUAGACUGCAGGAUGCCAGUUGCGGUCUACACCAGCCCUGGAGUUGUGUUGCCUCGAAUGCACUUUCACGAUCGCCAAGGACAGAUGAGGUUUGCUGCCAAACUGAUUGCAGGAGUUUUGGACUUCAAAAAAAUGAUUGACUCUGAAACUCUACCUGUGGAGUAUUUGAGUGGGAAACCGCUGUGCAUGGACCAGUAUUACCAGAUUCUGUCGUCCUGUCGUAUUCCCGGACCGAAGAGAGACACUGUUGUACAUUACAACAAAGGGAAUGCACCCCCGACUCACAUCACUGUGGUCCACAACUUUCAGUUCUUUGUCUUGGACGUCUACAACAGUGAUAGCACCCCGCUGACAGUAGAUCAGCUUCACAUGCAGUUAGAGAAGAUCUGGAACUCUUCUUUGCAAACCAAUAAAGAACCAAUUGGCAUCCUUACAUCACAGCACCGCAACACCUGGGGAAAAGCCUACAACAAUCUGAUCAAAGAUAAGACAAACAAGGAGUCGGUCCGUGCCAUCCAGAAGAGUAUAUUUACAGUUUGUUUGGAUGCUCCGAUGCUUCAGGUGUCAGAUGAGAUAUAUCUGAGCCGCGGGGCUGCCCAGGUUCUACAUGGGGGAGGAGCGCGGUGGAACAGCGGCAACCGAUGGUUUGAUAAAACCUUACAGUUCAUUGUUGGUGAAGACGGUACAUGUGGACUGGUGUAUGAACAUGCACCUGCCGAGGGUCCACCCAUUGUCUUUCUCAUCGAUUACGUAGUUAAGUACAUGAGGAGUACUGAAAUAGUCCGCUCUCCUAUGGUUCCCUUGGCCAUGCCGAGGAAAUUGCGAUUCAACAUCACCUCUGAGAUCAAGAGAGAUAUCGAAAAAGCCAAACAAAAUAUGAACAUAAUGAUGCAGGACUUGGAUGUGAAGGUGCUCAUGUUUUCUCAUUUUGGGAAAAACUUGCCAAAGCAACAUAAGCUGAGUCCAGAUGCCUUUGUGCAAAUGGCUCUUCAGCUUGCCUACUUCAGGAUGUAUAAUACUUGCUGCUCUGCCUAUGAGAGCGCAUCACUGAGAAUGUUUAAAUACGGAAGAACGGAUGCAAUUCGUCCGACUACUGCUGACUCUCUUAGGUUUGUCCAAGCGAUGCAGGACCCAACGAAGCAGAAAUCGGAGACGCUGGCACUGCUGCAGAAAGCUGUUCAGACACAUAAGGAGAACACAUACAAUGCCAUCCAUGGGCAGGGCAUAGAUAGACACCUUCUCGGGCUGAAGAUGCAGAGUAUUGAAGACCUGACCUCCAUGCCUGGGAUAUUCAUGGAUACUUCUUUUGCAGUAGCUCAUCAUUUUAAUCUCUCCACCAGCCAGGUUGGCUCCAAGACAGACUGCGUGAUGUGUUUUGGCCCAGUGGUGCCAGAUGGCUACGGAGUGUGUUACAAUCCCAUGGAUGAGCAUAUCAACAUGGCCAUCACAGCCUUCAACAGCUGUGAGGAGACGAACGCUGCCAACUUCGCUCAGGCUGUAGAGAACGCAUUGUUGGACAUGAGAGCUCUCCUGGAAGACGCAGCCGUGGCCAGACAGUGAUCCCACACAUGAGCCUAGCGUGGCCAGCUUGUAUGAAAGCUGAAACUGAAUCAAGUUGUUGCCAGAGCGCUUGGCAGAACGCCACUCUGGCAAAGAUGCACAGUGUUGUAGGAGAAAGCCUGUUACCGCAGGGUUGGUGGGAAAAGUAUACAAUGUAUGGCUGUGAAGAUGAGAAAAUAUCUAUGAUGAAAAUGGAAUAUUUAAAAUGAUUGUAAAAGUGCAAAUAGCUUUUUCAAAUAUAUACGUAAAAUAAAAGUUCAAAAUUUUUAA